GACUUUGCUAUUUAUAACUCCUUCAAUUUGCUGCUUGUGGUCUCCUCAUCAUCAUCGCUCAUACAACUAAUCAAAUAUACGAUUCAUAGGUGGGCACAAAGAAUCUGAAACCUGCGAAAAUGAACUUGGGACAUCGAUCUAGUCUAAGCACUUCAGCAUUACCAGCAGGACCAUCAUCUCAUGUACCUUUUAUCGAUCGACCUUUUCCAGCCAAUGCUGGCUCAUCAGUCGCAACAUCUAGCUAUAAACCACCUACGACUGGAGGAAGGGAGACAACUGAGUUUGAAGACGUACAGGCUCGGACUUUUUGUAAAUGGCUUAAUGCGAAGCUCGACGUCAUUCAAGUACCCCCGAUGUCUGAUCUGACUCGGGAUCUAUCAGACGGCACCAAUCUCAUUCGACUUAUGGAAGUAAUGGGGGAUGCCUCUCUGGGACGCUACAACCGUCAACCCCGUAUGCGAGUUCAAAAAGCAGAAAACGUCAAUAAAGCACUACAAUUCAUUCAAAGUCGUGGGGUCACUCUUACAAAUAUCGGACCAGAAGAUGUUGUAGACGGCAAUUUAAAAUUAAUUCUGGGUUUGAUCUGGACAUUGAUUCUCCGAUUCACCAUUGCGGACAUUAGUGAGGAGGGUGUGAACGCCAAAGAAGGUCUUCUUUUGUGGUGUCAACGCAAAACGCGUGAUUAUGCGCAGGUGAAUGUUCAAAAUUUCAGCGACAGUUGGCAAGAUGGUCUGGCUUUGUGCGCAUUGAUCCAUCAUCAUCGUCCAGAUCUGCUGGAUUGGGAUUCACUACCUCACUCAGAUCGACAUGCCUGUACUCGAACGGCCUUUGACAUAGCGGCCAAGAGCCUAGGUAUACCCCAACUUCUUGAAAUAUCGGAUCUUUGCGAUUCUGUCCGACCCGAUGAACGUUCGGUCAUGACCUAUAUUGCACAAUAUUUCCACGCAUUCUCUUCAAUGGACAAAGCCGAGGUCGAGGCUAGACGUGUUGCAAACUUUGUUGAAAAUCUUAAAUCUAUAUGGACUUCGAUGAAUGAUUAUGAACGGAGAGUCACCGAACUUAUGGACGAAAUCCGACACACCAUAGCCACUCGACUUACACCCGCCUUGCCUUCAACUUAUUCUUUGGUCAAGGAACAGGCGGCUGAUUUCCAGAAAUAUAAACAAACUAUCAAGCGCGAUUGGGUGGCACAGAAGAGUGAAGUGGCUGGACUUUUGGGAAACAUCGUGACCAAACUGAAAACUUACAAUUUGAGGACUUAUGUACCCCCUGAUGGUCUGAAGCUUGAAGACCUCGAAGCAUUUUGGCAAGAGCUCCUCGCCACAGAGGCAAAACGCUCUCGGUCUAUCAACGCAAGGAUACAACAGAUCAAAGAAGACCUACGUAUCAGAUUUGCCGAUCUUGCCAAUAACUUCGAAGGGCAGCUACAUUCCCUCUCUUUAGAGUUGGUUGCGUUGGCUGGCCCCCUCGAUGAACAACUUUCACGGGUCAAAGAAAUCCAAAGCGGUCUUGGCGAAUCAGUUUCUCACUCUCUGACACAAGUCCGGCAGGCUGAACAGGACUGCAUUAACGCAAACGUCGAAGAGAAUGAUCACACUGUUUACACGGCUGACGAUCUGGAAUUCGAAACAGAAGAAGUGCGGAAAGCGGCUGCUAGGAAGAUAGCCUUUGUGGAAAAUCAGAUUGUUUCUGCCGGGAUGACGAAAUUGACACCUGCACAAAUCGAAGAAUUCGAGACCACAUUUCGUUAUUUCGACCGAGAUGAGGAGAAUAAAUUGGCUUUACCAGAGUUCAGUGCUGCAUUGGCAAGUUUGGGGAUUGUUUACUCGGAUUCGGAUACCGAGCUCAUUCACAUGCAAAUCGCUGGCCGGGAUGGUAUGGUCACAUUCGAAGCCUUCGUUGGUUUUCUAGUCCAGAUCACAGAAGAUACUACAUCACCUGAUCAAGUUAGGGAAUCCUUCAGGGGCAUCGCAGGUGACAAAGCAUUUGUGACAGAAGUAGAUUUGCGACAUGCUCUAGUACCUCAAUCUGCAAUAGACUAUCUUUUGGAAGCAAUGCCUCGAUAUCAACCGGGUGAAAAACGUGAACACAAUUCAGUCACUGGAACAGAUCCUCCUACAUCUGAACCAGAUGUGGAUCCAAAUGAAUUUGAUUAUGAGUUAUUCUUGGAGCAAUUAUUUGAAUUUGAUCCUUAA